AUGGACCACACCCCGAGCGCCGAGCAUGCAGGCGACAGCGCGUUGCAGGGCGACGGACAAAACGCUCCACCAACGGCGGGCCCAGCCCUGUGCCGCGGACGCGCGCAAAGGGGGUGGGGCGCGCUGGACGCGAAGCCGGAGCAGGAUGCGAAGGAACUGCUGGCACUGGUCGCUCCAGCGGCCCCCGACCUCAGCGGCGAGCCGCGAGUCGAGCAGGGUGACCCUCUAGCGCCGGGUCUCUACGCGCUGGGACAGCACGACUCGCUGGUCGCCGCCAGCGCAUCGUUGCACGCAGGCGAGGGCGAGGUCGAGCGAGGUGCCGGCGUCGAAGCGAACCUGGGCAAGACACGAGUCUACAACGCAGCAGGUGGGGACGCACCACUCGGCAUAGCCGCCCUCGGCCCGGACGUUUGGUGCGGCGACCUGCCCCCUGCUCGGCGCGGAUUCGUUGCUCUCGGCGUGCCCAUCGGUCAUCCCGACUUCCUCGGCGCUCACGCCGCUGGCCGCCUCGAGGCUGAGGCCGACCUGCUCCAUUGCAGAAUCUGCAGCGCUUGCCCGAUUUACAGAGCGCUUGGCUUCUGUUGGCCUACUGCGCAGCGCCUCGGGCGCAACACCUGCUUCGCAACGUCCACCCGGCGGAUAUACUGCCUUACGCCCGCGCCCACGACGCGGCAAUCUGCAAUGUUGUCGAAGGCUUGCUUGGCGGCCCGUGCGGUCGCUUUCUUGCCGCUAUUCAGGGGGCUCGGCCUGCUUUCAGCCGAGCGGGUGUCGUCUGCAGCCUACUGGGCCGCGUGGGCGGACGCGCUGCCGGUCCUCCGCGCACGCUACCCCGAAGUCGCUGACGGGUUUGUGCAUGAGCUCGAGGGCGAGCCGGCGCGCAGCCGGCGCGGCCUUGCUUGCGAGCAGCAGCACUUGCCGCGCACCGGCUCGCUGAAGCAGGCUGGGAAGCUCGACCGGAUUGGGACGCUUGUGCCCGUGGCGCAGGCAGUCCGGCCGUCGACGGAGAACUCGGGCUCGGGAGCCCCGGUUGGCAGCGACACGCCGUUCUCGCACUCCACACUUCCUUUCGAGAACGCGUGUUGCUACCAACCUUGUGACUCCGGCCGCUCGAGCCCUUCUUCACAGUCGGGCCCGCAUGCGGGGAUGUGGCUGGCGGCGAUCCCUUCGGAUGCUGCCUCCACCCUCCCGCCCGACCUCAUGCACGUAGCACUGCGGCGCCGGCUCCGGCUACCCUUGCCCUUGACGGGGCGGCGCUGCGGCGCUCAAGGUCGGCACGGCUGCGGAGCUGAGGUCGACGCCUACGGCGACCAGCCCGCAGGCUUGUUGCCACGGCGUGGCUUCGUAGUCGAGCGCGCGUGGGUCCAGGUUUCCAAAGCGACUUGGGGAGCCUGGGCGCGGGCGGCGACAUUGACUGCGAAAGUGAAAGCCUCGCGAGUGCGCAACGCCUCGCCGACUUGGCGUGUCAACAACACGACCUCCGCGGGCGGCCGGAACUGGGUAACGUCGGAGCCGACCGUGCGCAGCGGCUGCGCCGGACGACGCUGUGGAUCUGUCAGCGCAUGGAGCGUGUCGGCGUCACCGGGGGCAAGGGCGGCGGCUGUGAGCGUCGGGCGCGCUCGCGAAAGUUCGCCACGCUUGACUCGGGCACAAGCCGCGGCCAAGAGACUGGGCGCACAGUGUGUCGAAGCGGCCUUGCGAAAAGAGCUCACAAGCCGGCGGAGGAGAGCAGCCCGGCCCUCGGGUCCAGACUGUGUGGAGCGCGCGAGGAGCAAGCGUGGCAGCAACAGGAACAGUUUCCAAGCCCGAACCCGCCUCCCCUCAUAUAUCCCGGCUCCCCUGCGCAACACGGAUCGCGUCGAGUGUAGCAACGAGCGCUUUGCGGACACCUGCGACGACGAAGCGAGGCACGGUGUGGAGGGUUGGGACAGGCCGGCGAAACUCUGCAGAAAGGUAGACGUCAUCGAGCCAUCUCCCAGCAUCUUGUGUCAGCGGGACAGAGGGACCAACAGGGCCGGCAGCCGGGGCAGCUGUCAUCGCCCUCAGCCCCAUCGCUGGCAAAAUUCACGCUCUCCGCUUCGGACGCGAGCUGUCCCCGGUACCAGCGUCUCGGGCGCCGCGGCGUCUUCGCCGCCCGCGUCGGCGCGCAGUGGUGGCGGCGGGAUCGGCCGCCGCCGGUGCGAGGGGGCUGCGCGGUCGGGGACGGAAGCGGUCGGAGUGGACAUUAUACCUGCUACCGCCGCGGUGCACGCCGGCAUCGUUGUCCCGCUUCCCCGUAGCCUGGCUAAGGGGGCGUCAACCCUCAGCCCAGACCGGGCGCAUGGGGGCGAGCAGCGGGCACGUCGGGUGCUCUGGCGAGUGGGCGGGGUUGCCGUCCGCAGGUGUUCCAGCAUGGGCGGGUACCUUGGCUUCUUCCCAGUCAAGCACUCGCGAGCACCGCGGACAGGCCCACGACAGUCGCCAAGCCAGGAUGCCGGCGUCACCGCGGACGGCGAUGGGCGACCACUGCAUGUUCCGGUGAGCGAGCUCGACGAAAUUGACGUCCCCGCCCUCGCCCCGCACAGCUGCACGCGGGUGCGGGCGGCGGGCAGCCACGUCGGCGCCUCGAUUCCACGCGCCGCACAGGCCGCACGCAACCAUUUGUCAUGGGCCUCGGUCCAGCCGUCUGCAGCGCAAACUGGGCACCGCAUGCCAUCCGGCGUGUCGGAUUGGCGCCAGGCACGCGAACACGUCGGGUGGAGGACAGCGGAGGCCUCGGCAGUGGCUGAAGCGUGGAUGGGAUCAGGGCAGAUCCGACACACGUCCGCAGGUGGUGUGUCGAGGGAGAGGUCGGACUCCUGUGGAGUGUGUGGGGGCGUGUCGUCCAUUACCGUGACUGCUGCCGAGGUCAGCGCGCUGCCACCAGGCGGAGCGUGGGCAUGGGGGCUGCGGCGUGCGGGCAGAGAAGCAUCACGUUGA